UCUAUCACUCUGGUUUGGGUAAAUGGCCGCCCCAGCUCGAUAGGGGGCAGAGUGGUAAAACCACUGCAGCAUGGCGUCUCUGCGACUCAUCCUGUCACACGGUAUUUACAGAGCAUGCGCAUGAGAAUCUUCCUUUUUCCAGUGCAGCGGAGUCAAGCCCCAGUCUUUGGCUCCGGGCUCCUUCAUAAGGAGACAAAAAGACUGCAAAAUGGGUUUUGUUAAAGUGGUGAAGAACAAGGCCUACUUCAAGAGGUACCAGGUCAAAUUCAGGAGGAGGAGAGAGGGAAAGACUGACUUCUUUGCUCGCAAACGCCUGGUUGUACAAGACAAGAACAAGUACAACACCCCCAAGUACCGGAUGAUUGUCCGUUUCUCUAACAGGGACAUCUGCUGCCAGAUCGCCUAUGCCAAGAUUGAGGGUGAUAUGAUUGUGUGUGCAGCCUACUCGCACGAGCUGCCAAAAUAUGGGGUCUCCGUUGGCUUGACGAACUACGCAGCAGCCUACUGCACUGGUCUGCUCCUGGCCCGUAGACUUCUAAACAAGUUUGGCCUGGAUAAGGUGUAUGAAGGCCAGGUGGAGGUGACGGGUGAUGAGUUCAACGUGGAGAGCAUUGAUGGUCAGCCAGGCGCUUUCACCUGCUACCUGGAUGCUGGGCUUGCUAGAACCACCACAGGCAACAAGGUGUUCGGUGCCCUGAAGGGGGCUGUGGAUGGUGGCCUGUCCAUCCCACACAGCACCAAGCGCUUCCCUGGGUAUGAUACAGAGAGCAAGGAGUUCAACGCUGAGGUUCACCGCAAGCACAUCAUGGGCAUCAAUGUGUCAGAGUACAUGAGCUACCUGAUGGAGGAAGACGAGGACGCUUACAAAAAGCAAUUCUCCCGCUUCAUCAAGAAUGGAGUCACCCCUGAUUCGGCAAGUCCUCUUUAUUUAUUGUCAAAUUGGCUGUCAAAACUGUAUAACUGCAGGAAAGUAAUUGCUUAGAGGUGCAUUAAUGCCACCAUGUGGACUGGAGUCACUACACUAUUAUAGGCUCUCAUCAGCAGGGCCACACCGAAUCUGCGGACUCAGAAUUUUCCUCCAGACUUUAAACAAAUAAAAAAAUACGAAAGAGGAGAGGGGUCCAAGAGUGCCUUGGACCUUUUGCGUUACCUUCCAAGGAGCACCUUCAUGAUUUGUAGGAACUUCCGAGCACUCCAGGCUUCUAAAUUUAAAUGCCUAGGAUGUUAACCCAUCUCCACCCCAAGCAGAAAAA